AUGUCCUGCUGUCGGAGUGAAGAGUAUAAGGAGCAAAACAGGAUUAAUAAAGAAAUCGAGAAGCAAUUAAAGCGCGACAAAAAAGAUGCCAGAAGGGAACUUAAGCUUCUCUUGCUUGGCACUGGUGAAUCGGGAAAGAGCACUUUCAUCAAGCAGAUGCGCAUCAUCCAUGGUUCAGGCUACUCAGAUGAGGAGAGGCGAAGUCUAAUCAAACUUGUCUACCAGAACAUCUACCUUGCCAUGUACACGCUUAUUCGCGCCAUGGAAACCCUCAAAAUACCUUACGAGAACCCCGAACACGCGGAGCAGGCGCGAGAAAUCGAUUACGAGACUGUGACCACUCUCGACCCCUCCCACGUGGUUGCCAUCAAAUCGCUGUGGAGCGACCCCGGCAUAAAGGAGUGCUACGACCGUCGCAGGGAGUACCAGCUCGCCGAUUCAGCCAAAUACUACCUGGAUAAUAUCGAUCGCAUCUCUGCGGGCGACUACCUCCCCACCCUGCAGGACAUCCUUCGUCUUCGUGUUCCCACCACCGGUAUCAUCGAGUAUCCCUUCGAUCUCGAUUCCAUCAUUUUCCGAAUGGUCGACGUGGGGGGCCAACGUUCUGAACGCCGAAAGUGGAUCCACUGCUUCGAAAGCGUCACGUCAAUCAUGUUCCUCGUCGCUCUCUCUGAAUACGAUCAGGUGCUCGUGGAAUCGGACAACGAGAAUCGGAUGGAGGAGAGCAAGGCCCUGUUUCGAACCAUCAUCACCUACCCCUGGUUCCAGGAGUCCUCUGUCAUUCUCUUCCUCAACAAGAAAGACCUCCUCGAGGAAAAGAUUCUCUACUCCCACCUAGUCGACUACUUCCCUGAAUACGAUGGUCCCCAACGAGACGCCAAGGCCGCACGCGAGUUCAUCUUGAAGAUGUUCGUCGAGCUGAACCCCGACCCCGAGAAGGUCAUCUACUCGCACAUCACCUGCGCCACAGACACGGAGAACAUUCGUUUCGUGUUCGCAGCUGUGAAAGACACCAUCCUGCAGUUGAACCUGAAGGAGUACAAUCUGGUGUAG